AUGGCGACGGCGAUUGUACGUACAGCUCUUUCCCGAGCAGCGAUCAGCGCAGCUCCGAGGACAUCUGUCGCUCCUAAGCGAAGCUUUUCUGCGUCCGCUGGCCAUGACGACGCUUACGAAGCUGCGAAGUGGGAGAAGAUAACUUAUCUGGGUAUCGCUAGUUGCACUGCUCUAGCCGCCUGGGUUUUAUCCAAGGGCCACCAUCACGGAGAGGACCCUCCUGCCUAUCCUUAUAUGCACAUCCGCAACAAGGAGUUUCCUUGGGGUCCAGACGGUUUGUUUGAGGUGAAGCACAACGAAGGGCACUGA